GCGCCCGAUCGUCGUAACCGCCUAACCAACAGCCUUCGCCAUGGCCUCUCCACCGCGCAACGCCCACCUCCUCCGAUCUCCAGCGGCCACCGAUGGACCAUUUCCGCGACGGGCAGCACGUCCGGCUGCGGAGCCGCGUGCACGACACGUACUACCUCCACGCGGACGACGACGGGGAGAGCGUCUCCAUCAGCCGCCGCCGCUACUCGCUGAACGCGGCGUGGACAGUGCACAUCUACCACGGCGACGGCUCGCACCUGCUCCUCCACAGCGCCGCUUAUGGCCGUUACCUCGCCGCGGCGUCCAAGCCGGCGUCGUUCGGCCACCGCGGCUUCCGUGCCGAGCAGCGCGACUACGACCAGCCGGUGCUGGCAGCCAUCAUGUGGCAGGCCGUCGAGGUGGGCUCCGGGUCCGGGGGCGGCGUCCUGCUCCGCAACAUUGGUGGCCGCUACCUCCGCGCCGGCGGCAGGUUACGUAGGUACCUCCGCUGGAACACCCGCGUCAGCGUCGAGUACACCGACAACGUCAGUGCCACGAUGCACUGGAUCGUCGAGCCCAUCCGCCCCAGAGCGCGCCCGCCUCUCAUCCCAGGCCCGAUUCGGACCCGCGUCCCCGGGGACCUCUCCGUCAUCAUGCUCGGGCGCAAGGCGGGGGCGUGGUGGCGGAUUCGGUUCGUGCGAGCGAGCGACGAGGGGCUCUACAACGAGGACGGCUGGUCCGCCCUCCGCAUCAGGGGGAGGUCCGUGUACCACCUGAGGAACGCGCUGGCCAGCCGCGUCGGCGACAUCGACAUCCACGGCCAGCGCCGCGACAUGGUCAUGUGCGUCCGAGCGGGCCUCUACGGGAGGCUCACCCCACUCGUCGUCAACCUGCCCCACGGCCGCCACAGCGAGACCCUCGAUAUUGUGGUGAUGCUGUCCGGCACCCCUGCCUACGAUGCGCUGCGAUACCCGGAUGUCGUUGCGAAGUAGAGAUAGAUCAAAGCGGGAGUCCUGACAGUUCACCUCUUCAGAAGUU